CAAAUACUAAUAGCAACUAGCAACAACAAUAAUACACAAAAAUAAAGUAGCAAAUGGGUUACAACUUACAACAAGGAUAGUAAAGAGCCAUUGGUACACAAGCGACAGAACAAGCAAACCAUGAACCUCCCAAGAUCUCUCUCCGUCACCGUUCCCAACUAUCCCUGCUGAUUUCUCAUCUUUAGCUACUAUGACUUCAUAGUCCUCUUCAUUUCAAUGGAACCUACUGAUAAAGAACAGAAGAUUAUCUCUGUAUUUGGCGACCAAUCGACGAGCGAUGUUGUGGUGAGGCUACGGACGCAAGAAGGUCGAGAGGAAUGGAUGUACUGUCACUCGGCGAUUCUUGUUAAGAAUUGCAAGUAUUUUGCUGACCGGUUGUCUGAGAAUUGGCCGACGUGUCAGAUACUAGGUUCGCGAAACUGUGUUGAUGUUAAUUGCCAAGAAUCGGAUUUCAAUUACUAUGUAAAUGUGAUUAGAUAUCUGUACAUUGUCGAUGAUGAUGAUGAUGAUGAUGAUGAUGGUUCGGUUGAUAAUUUGUGGCAUGGUGUGAGGAAUAAUCUUGGGAGUUUGCAAGUGGCGGUUGAGCUUGAUUGCCCGAAAAUUGUUGCUGCGUGUGUGAGGUACUUGGAAGCGAUGGCGUGGGAAGAGAAUGAAGAGGAGGAGAUAUUGAAGAUUGUACCGAGGAUGGGAUUGCAAGCCGAGCCUAUCCUAGCUAGACUUCAACCGGUAGACCAAUCAGCUAUCAGGAAGGUCUUUCUUUCAGCGUUACGGUUUGCUACAUCGUUCCCUCCAUCUGCAAUGAAUGAUCUGAAAUCGUCAGCGCAAGAGCAACUUGAUUACAUGCUAACUGAGGAUGAUGAUUCCCCUUUGUUGAUUGUUGAUGACAGUAUAAUACUUGGGGUUAAAGAAUGUGUGAAAAGACUAUUUUCCGGGUUUAACAACUCAUUGAUACAUUUGUUAUGUGGUUCAACAGAAUCGAUGUCUGAAGCAGGGAAUGUCUCGUUUCGAUCCUAUAUGACUGAUUUGGCAUGGGUUUGUCAGGUAUUGAGUAAGUUGGAAAUAAUGAGAGAUUUUGUUGAGUGUUGGUUUGAUGCAUCAGAAAAGAUUGUCAAAGUAGUUGAACUAGAAGGUUCUGCAACUGAAGUCAUCGAGAUAAAGCUGCGAGCCGUUGAGAUAACUUCAAAAGUUUUAGAGGCAAUUGCUUAUGGUACUGUUAUACUGCCAACUGCAAAGCGUCUUCAGGUUUUGAAACUGUGGCUUCCGUUUGUGAGGGUUACGAAACCAAUUAUUGACUCUGCCAUGAUGAAUUCUGAGAAUGCCGUGUUGCCUAAAAUGGAUGGAGAAAUGUGGCAAUCAAUGGAAUCCAGUUUUGUCUCUAUCGUUCUUGCAUUGCCAUCAGGGGAUCAGGCAGUGCUUUUAACUGAAUGGUUGGAAAAUGAGCAUAUGCGGUAUCCAGACCUGACCGAGGCAUUUGACGUAUGGUGUUAUAGGUCUAAGGUUGCUAGGAGAAGACUAUCGUUGCUAGAGGAUGAUCAGGUCAUGACAAACUCAGUUUGACGAGUUUCCGAAUUCUGUUCCUCAAGAUUAGAGUACUGAUCUAAAAUUCCUUCCUAGUCAAGGCAUUUAGAAGAGAACAUUUUUCUUUUUUGCGUGUGAAUGGAAUAUUUUUGUAGGAGACAUUUAGGUUGAAAAUAUCUCCAUCUUCAUUCACAUUAAAUCAAUGUAAAUUCCUUUGCAGAAUGUGUACAACAUUAUAGCUCUAACUGUGAAAUGUAGAGAAUGUAUAUUUGAACUGAAUUGGUUCCUAAGUAAGCAAAAUAGUACAAAGCUGACUAAUGCUAAAUAAAUGAUUUUGCUUGAUCUGUUUGAAUUU